AUGAGACCUUUAGGAAAAGGUUUACGUUCUUUCUUUCUUUCUUUUCUAAAUAAUGUGUUGCGAAUUUCAUGGCAACUUGAUAUGCUACAAGAUAAAAAUGAAAGUUUGCUUCAAAAGCUUCACCUUGCAGAGGAGAGGUGUGAAGAAGCAGAAGAAAGAGCUCGGUUGCUGGAGAAACAGAUUGCUGAUCUCGGAGAAGGUGCAACUCUAGAAGCGCAUCUUUCAAGCAGUAAGGAAGCAGCCCAGCAGGAGAAAGAGGUUUGUUCUUUUAAUGAGUGCUAUUAUUUCCUUAGCUCAAACUACUCUGCACGUGCUACUAUUUACCGAGGUCAUGCUUUAAUCAUUUUUAAACAUUUAACUGUACAGAUGAUUCCUGCUCUUCAGGCAGAAGCUGAGCUUGCAAGAGGUGAAACAAAUUCUGCCCUACAGAAGCUCAGUAAAACUGAGUUUGAAAUCAAAACACUGCAAACAGUAACUCAAAGGAUGAUGCUGACCGAGGAAGAGAUGGAAGAGGUGGUUUUAAAGAGAUGCUGGCUUGCUCGAUAUUGCUCGGUCUGCUUAUAUGUAGUCUCUAUAAACGAUAAAAUGUUGCAAUCCGUUAUAAAGGCUGACUUCUUAGAUUCCUUGAGGACAUCACGUUUUGCAGGCAUUCAGGACGAUAUAGCCAGCGUGAAAUACGAAUAUUGGUCAUCAUUUGCUCCUCUUCCUUUCGAAAUAGUAGUAGCUGCUGGUAAAAGGCGAACAACAAACAAUUUAGAAGAGCGGCAGAAGGUCCUGAAACAGACUAAUGAGCUCUCUGGGGAGAGAAAUGUUGAGAGCAUGCUUUUAUUUGAGAAAGGUCUAAGGGAACUGGCUUAUUUAAAGGUACAGGAUGCCGUUGCAUUCAAAAUGGCUAAACAGCGACACGCGAAUAUGCAUAAAACCGAGGAGGUGAAAAUGCCUACCGAUUGUCAGUUUGAGGCAUUUGAAUUGAGCCAAGAGGAGUAUGAAGAUGUGAGGUUUAAGAAGGCUUGGCUUACAUAUUUCUGGAGGAGGGCAAUGAGCCAUGGUGUGGAACCUGAUAUUGCAGACGAACGUCUGAAGUCGCGGAUCAACCGCAGUUCACAAUCCUCCACUUCGAAGGACGCAGUCGAUGUUGAGCAUGGGCUUAUGGAGAUUAGGAGGUUAAGGCUGGAGUCCCAGUUAUGGAAGACAUCACGGCGGGAACCGGAGCUCGGCACCACUGUCAGGUUGCAUACUGAGACUGGUUUUUUAUCAGGGAUGCCAUUCGAAAACCGAUAUUGCAUGACUGCGAUAACCUGCAAUAGCAUCCGUUAA